ACAGUUCGUCACGCUGCACUGUACAAUCGGGUUUUUGUUUCUGAUCUCGAGUGAUUCGCUUUCCAGACAGUCCCCUUGCUGACCAACCAUAACACACACCAGCCAAGUGUGCUGGAACGGAGCCACGCAGAAUCCCCUGUGGCUCACUAAUUUCCAACGUUGCAGCGGCUGUUUUUCCCGUGUUGGUUGUCCAGAGAGAGAGAGACUCGAGAAUCACUUCUCCAGUGAAUAUCACGGAGAGGAGGAAGUCAUUUAGAGAUGACAGCUUGCGAUCCUGUGUAAAGAUGAAGGUGACAUCAUACAGCCCUGAUGUGCAGACGCUGUGCGCUGAGGUCCAGGAGCAGAAAUCCCAUUAACCAAAUGUGCCUUGUGAUCGCAGUGAGCUUGGUGAUCACCAGCUGUGUGAUUCUGUUGACGGUGGCUCGUUUGCUGAGCCGGAACAAGGGCAAACUGGCUCUGCUGUGGCACGACGGUAUAUACAUCUGCCUGCGGGACUGGCUGACCCACAGCACCCAGCCCGAGCGUAUGCUGAAGUACGUGCUGGACAAAGCUAGACCCGGCAACCCAGAGAGCGUGGUGGACACUAUCGACGAGUUCUGCAAGAGCAUCGAGUGGGCCAUGAACGUGGGUGAUGAGAAAGGCUCGAUUCUGGAUCAGGUUGUAAUGGAGGUGAACCCAAGCGUGGCACUGGAGCUGGGCACCUAUUGUGGUUACUCCACAGUCCGGAUUGCCAGGCUACUGAAGCCGGGGGCACGACUCUACACCAUUGAGUUCAACCCUGACACUGCCCGGGUGGCAAAACGGAUCAUUGCCCACGCCGGUGUGGGCGAGCAGGUGCAGCUUCUCGUUGGUUCAUCCUGGGACUUGAUUCCACGGCUCCGGGAAAAGUUUGCAGUGAAGAAGCUGGAUUUUGUCUUUCUGGACCACUGGAAGGACAGCUAUACUCGGGAUACCAAACUCUUGGAGGACUGUGACUUGCUUCGAAAGGGAUCAAUCCUCCUGGCUGACAACGUUAUUUGCCCAGGGGCACCAGAUUACCUCGAGUAUGUCCGCCACAACUCACGGUACCACAGCAAGUUCUACCCGUCCCACUUAGAGUAUACUCAAGCUGAAGAUGGGCUGGAGAAAUCUAUUUUCCUCGGUUGAUGGGUUUAUCAAACCUUUUCUGUAAACAUAGGUUCCAAAUAAUUCCACGUUCCAGUAGUUUAAUUAAUUAUUUGUUCUAACAGUGCAAA